AUGGACGACGUGGCCGACUCUGUCUACGACUCUGAUAACGACGAUGACUACAGUGCGGAUGAAGAUGAGAUUGAGAAUCGUAGGCUGGUCAUAUCUAUAGAUUUUGGCACGACGUAUACGGGCAUCGCGUUCGCUACUCCGCUCGGGAGCUCGUCAAAACUCAACGAUAUCGACAUCGUGCUAGACUGGGGAGAGAAUAUGGGCAACAUGGACAAAGUUCCUAGCGUCAUCUCCUACUCAAACAAGUCGAAGGAUGGCAAUGAGGCGAACUGGGGGAAGGAUUUAGCCCCGGGUGCUGUCGCUAUGAAGCACAUGAAGCUGCGACUCCAAGCUCAUAGCGUGAGCAACGAGCUCGAAUUUUUACUUCAAUUCCUGGAUGGAACUCGGAACCUGGAUUUUGCUCACAUCAAGGAUUCUAAAGGCAUGCCGGAAUAUACGGCUAAAGCUCCGGAGGACAUCACGUCGGAUUACUUGGCGAAAGUUUUCGAACAUGUCCUGCAGACUGUAAAUGGGUUUUCAAAAACAGUCAGAGAGACGAUACCGACAGAUAUUGUCAUCACCAUUCCUGUGGAUUGGGGCUAUGAUGCAAUGAACAGCACGUAUCGUGCUGUCACCAAAGCAGGUUUUAACGAGAAGACAUUCCCAAAACUCGAAGAUGUCAUGUUUGUGACCGAGCCUGAGGCGGCGGCAAUCUAUACCGCGAGGUAUUAUGAGGAGCUCAACGAGCAAUUCCUCAAGGAAGAUGAAUGUUUCAUUCUGGUGGACGCUGGCGGCGGUACUGUUGACAUAGUCUCGUACCAGGUCAAGCGUCUGCGGCCUUUAGAGCUUGUGCCAGUAGGUGUGCCAACAGGAGCCAGAUGUGGUGCCAUCUUCGUAGACCAGGCCUUCAACAUGUGGUUGCGCCAUCUGUUGACGGAUAGAUACUACCUUGAACUGGAUCCGGACGCAGAUCUAAACAACAUAUACGGCAUCCAAAGUCAUCACAUUCGUGAGAUUAUGGAUGAAUUCGACAUCAUCAAAAAGUAUUUUCACCAGGAGAGCGGAGACAUGUUUAUGGACCUGCCUCGAUCGUCUCCCUUGAGAAAUCUUACGCUUGAGAAUCGGGUUGACUGCGGACAAAUCACCAUAAAAAAUGAAACGAUGCGAGACUUUUUCAAUCCAUGCGUAGACGAGAUCAUCGAGAUGAUAAAGCUCCACAUCCGGGAGAUUGAAAGUCAUGGUUCACGCGCCAAGAACCUCUUCCUCAUUGGUGGUUUCGGGGAAUCCAAAUUUCUGCAAGAAGAGAUACGUGACUCAUUACGGAUGCGCUCAGAAAUAGCGUUGCGUAUGCCCGAAACGUCGUGGACGGCGGUUGCCCGUGGUGGUGUCAUCUGUGGCGUUGAGAAGAAGCAUCUGAAGACACUUGUUCGAACGUCGAGAAGUCAAAAAAGUUACGGUAUCGCCGUUGAUGAAAGCUUCUCGUAUGCAAACGACGCGCGUGAUCUUGACACCAACCGACUCACCGGUAAAAGGGUGGCAAGAAACCAGAUGAAAUGGCUUAUCAACAAAGGUGAUCUUAUUUUGAACACCACGCCAACAAUCAAAGAGCAUAAAUUCGUGAAACGGUUCGUCGAUCACGAGGCUGGGAGCAAAAAAGGUAGCGUUGUAAUCUAUAGUUGGCCGGACGAUAAGCAUCGGCCCACCCGGCUAUCGAAUGCGCACAGAGAGCUCAUGAUAGAAGAGGUGCUUAAUUAUGACCUUUCUUCCUUAAGGCAUUCUGACUUCACGCUUCGACGUGGUCCAAGUCCAAACUGCGACCACUAUGUUGCAACGAUCAAUCUCCGAUUGAGUUUGACGAGGACAGGUCUAAAAUCCGAGCUCUUGUUCAAGGGUGAGCCGCUGCCAGCGGUGAGCACAGGAUCGCCGCCCAUGCAGAGCACCAUAGCGGACAUGCACGGCGUAGGUGUCACUCCAGACAGGACUGGUCUGGGACGAGGUAGCUCAUUUACCAGGAGAAGCGAACGAAGGAGGUUAAAUGUGAGCGAUCCAGACUUUGAGCACUGGGGGCGUUUAAGUUGAUACUCCUGUUUCGAGCAAGACUUUUGUAGAAAAUCGUGUGCAUAAAUGGAUUGUAUGUAGUGGAGAGCCAGUCAGCUGUGGCAGCGGG